GUGCAGGACUGUGUGUGUUUGUGAGGGUAAAAAAGAGAGAGGGAGGGUGGGGGGCAAUCAGGAUGCAAGCGUGAGGCAGUGUGAGGGCAACCUUGAAAGAACGACGGGGGGGAUCGCAAAGGGGAGAGGGUGUCAGGGAGAGCAGGGGAAAAAAUAAACCGUGUAAUUGGAAUAGCCUGGUGCUAAAGUGUUGAGAUGCAAUGACUGGAUGAUCUGCUACGACGUGCACUGGCAUCCUGACCUGCAGCCUUGACAAGAGGUGACAAGACAAAUUGAUACCUGCCACUACAUCACGGCAAGAUGUCAUCUUCAGGGUCAACCAAACCCAACAAACGUCUGGCAUCGGAGACAGACAACUCCCAGAGAGUGUUGGACAACGAUUCUACGCAGCAUCUGAAGCUGAGGGAGAGACAACGCUUUUUUGAGGAGGUCUACCAGCAAGAUGUGAAUAACUACCUGCCCUCAGCUCACCUGGAGAUUGACAGCAGAAAACCCCCCAUGGGAAGUAUCUCAUCUAUGGAAGUGAAUGUGGAUGCAAUGGAGCAAAUGGACCUAAUGGACAUCUCCGACCAGGAGGCCCUGGAUGUCUUCCUCAACUCCGGAUCAGCAGAAGAUGAGGGAGACAUAUCAUCCCCUUUACCAGAUGGGGACGACGAAGAUGAAGACGAGGCAGACCAGGAGGCCGAUGUUGUCUACAGGGUUUGUCCACCGUUGCAACGGCAAAGCGAAGUCCAAAACGGAUCCAAGUCUCGCAUGUCAUCGACAUCGUCGGGUUCCAGUGAUACUAGCGGGGGCGGAGCAGACACGCCUGUAAUCCAGUCAGAUGACGAGGAAAUCCACGCCGAUACCCAACUGCUGACCUCUGUUCCCCAUAAUGGCGAUGAAGAAACAGAGGAUGAGGAAGAGGAGCAAAGAUGCCUUCCAACUAAACCUUCACAAAGACUGAAUUAGUCACAAGCGUCUUCUUCUUACUGUCGCAUUUGAUGAAAACCCGAGCAUGAUUCACCUGCUGUGAUUUGUCCUUUGAAUAUUUGUCUGUAUUUAUGCAAAAUUCUUUAUACCUUUACACAUACAUUUUUUUCUCUCUUUGUUAAUGGAGGGUGAAAGCUGUCAGUUGAAGUUUGUGGUCUUUAUUUCUUGACAUUUAAGAAACAUUUGUUAUACAGUAGGAGUUCAUCACAGCCCACACAUAUAAAUGUUGUGGCUGCUUGCUCCCUCAGGAGAACGGCCUUCCUGCUCACUUUGACUUCAAACGAGGUACCAGAUAGUCAAACAAGAAAGCUGGAUGAAAGUGCAUCUUCACUUUGCAGAACAACAAAAACUUUUUAAAAAGGCAUAAAAACCCAGCCGUGGGCUGUCCUUUAGGGAUGCAGACAUGGCUGAUGAAAGUCAAAAUAGAUUUACAUCUGAGGACAAAUAUUCUGCAGGGUGCACUGGCUAAAACAGUUUCACUGUGGUCCAAGUUGAAAAAGUCAUUCUCACGCCUCAGUCAUAGCAGCUUUUAUGUGGCAAAUCAAACAACAGUGGAUCAAAAGCAGCAAUUGCAAAUCGCCAACUUUGAAAGGUACUGUAUGUUUCCUUCACACAUGGAGUGAUUUAAAUUUUGUUUCGCCGGCUUUACUAUUGCAUCGCUUCUAAAUCGCUGUAAAAAGCAGUUAUUUUUUUCUAAAAUCCCCGAAAGGUUUGUAUGAAUUUCUGAUUGCCACUGUAAAUAUAGACUUGUACACAAAAUUAGUUUUCAAUAAAACUUUGUGAAACUCAACAUUGGAAUCGCUUACAAAACUAUGCGGCAGCUCUUUCAGGUACACUUGGCCAUCGUUAAUGGAGUACAUAACGGUUCUGCAAUGUACACAAUUAGAGAAAUCGCAGUAAAAGACUCUGUUAAUCAUUAAAGCAGUUGUACUGUGACAAAUGUAAAGUUGAGAAGGUGCGUUGGAUGCUUGGCAUUGACUUCCCCCGCCCCCUUUAGACUUUUAGUGACACAUCACAUUACGGCAGGCAACGCAUUUGAAUUGAAAAGACCAGACCACCUGCUGAUCAUGUCUAAUAUUUAAUUUCUGCAUGGUUUUACAUCUCUGCCACAAAUUUGAAACCUGCCCCCUGCUGUGUCCACCCAACUUCACAACAAUAUUGUAUCUAACUGUGAGGUGCAAAUGUUGUGCAUCUGUUUAUUGUAUUAAAAUCCCCUUAAACAAUCUUCUGAAACUAAGCAAGUACCCAUGAACAAGUUCUAUUGAGUGGUAAAACCAGUUUUUUUGUGUGAGCGUGAGCAAUCUAUUUACACUAUGACACAUGUGCUUAUAUUGUUAAUGCAUGCCUUGUGUGAUGAUAUGUCUUUCUGUUGCGCAAACAUCAUGGUGUUGCAAGAUUUGGCUCAACCAACACCCGCUAUUAAUGGCUAAGUACUGAGUCAGACAUGUUGUCCCUCUCCCCUUUGUGAAAUUACUUAAAAAAAAAAAAGAAAAAACGAUAGCAAAGUGUGUGUUCAUUUGAGUGGGAGUGGGAGAAUUAUGGAACUUGGACAGGUUGACAAACCGCAUGGCUGACUGGGCUUCUUGUCCAUACAUUGCCAUCCAUCAGAAUAAUGGUGAAAAUGUGAGACAUUUCUUGACUGCGCCGGUAAUAUCUGGUGCAUAUACUGAAGGGAGACUCGAUGCCAUGCUACAAUGAGUAUGUGGUUGUAGAUUUGAAGAUACAAUUUGUGCGAUACGAUGGGUAUUCAUCUCAGCAAUUUUAUGUGGACGCUGUUUCCUAUUCGAACACUUUGUUCUCGUAUGAAUAAAAAUGACUGAAAUUUAAAAUGCAAACACAUAUUUUGACAUGAAA